AAAACUCUCUGAAGUUUUUAUUUACCCAGUGCUCUGGCUGCCACUUAUGCUUUAAAAGAUUAUAAAUCAAUACUCUGCUCUUACAAGUGAACCAAACCUAUCAAACCUGUUUAGAAAAGGACCAGGCUUUCAGUCCAGUGUAAAGCUGUUGGAGCGAGGGAGCAAAGGUAAAGAAUGAUGUAAUGCUCUGGCCGCCCCAAAGCAUCUUUUGUUGUGGGAUGGUUAUUCCAGUCAUCUCUUUAUGAAUCAAAUGUGAGGGACUGCUUUGUGGACGGAGUCCUUUGCAAGAGCACAUCAACGGGAAAGAGAAAGAGACAUUCACUUGGAGGGCUCUUGCUGAAAAUGGGUUUAACUCUCCUUUUGCCAGUCACCACCAGCCUGACCUCAUACAUUUUUAGUACAAUGGAGUUGCUGAGCCUUUGAGCACACCAUCAUUACAUCAUCGUGGCAAAUUAAAGACGGAGGUGGAAAAAGAGGACUUAUUGUUGUCAUGGCCCAUGAGAUGAUUGGAACUCAAAUUGUUACUGAGAGGUUGGUGGCUCUGCUGGAAAGUGGAACGGAAAAAGUGCUGCUAAUUGAUAGCCGGCCAUUUGUGGAAUACAAUACAUCCCACAUUUUGGAAGCCAUUAAUAUCAACUGCUCCAAGCUUAUGAAGCGAAGGUUGCAACAGGACAAAGUGUUAAUUACAGAGCUCAUCCAGCAUUCAGCAAAACAUAAGGUUGACAUUGAUUGCAGCCAGAAGGUUGUAGUUUACGAUCAAAGCUCCCAGGAUGUUGCCUCUCUAUCCUCAGACUGCUUUCUCACUGUACUUCUGGGUAAACUGGAGAAGAGCUUCAACUCUGUUCACCUGCUUGCAGGUGGGUUUGCUGAGUUCUCUCGUUGUUUCCCUGGCCUCUGUGAAGGAAAAUCCACUGUAGUCCCUACCUGCAUUUCUCAGCCUUGCUUACCUGUUGCCAACAUUGGGCCAACCCGAAUUCUUCCCAAUCUGUAUCUUGGCUGCCAGCGAGAUGUCCUCAACAAGGAGCUGAUGCAGCAGAAUGGGAUUGGUUAUGUGUUAAAUGCCAGCAAUACCUGUCCAAAGCCUGACUUUAUCCCUGAGUCUCAUUUCCUGCGAGUGCCCGUGAAUGACAGCUUUUGUGAGAAAAUUUUGCCGUGGUUGGACAAAUCAGUGGAUUUCAUUGAGAAAGCGAAAGCCUCCAAUGGAUGUGUCUUGGUGCACUGUUUAGCUGGGAUCUCUCGCUCCGCCACCAUCGCCAUCGCCUACAUCAUGAAGAGGAUGGACAUGUCUCUAGAUGAAGCCUACAGAUUCGUGAAAGAAAAAAGGCCUACCAUAUCUCCAAACUUCAAUUUUCUGGGCCAACUCCUGGACUAUGAGAAGACGAUUAAGAACCAGACUGGAGCAUUUGGGCCAAAGAGCAAAAUCAAGCUGCUGCACCUGGAGAAGCCAAGCGACCCUGUCCCUGCGGUCUCAGAGGGUGGACAGAAAAGCGAGCUGCCCCUCGGUCCACCCUGUGCCGACUCUGCUACCUCAGAGGCAGCGGGGCAGAGGCCCGUGCACCCCGCCGUCGUGCCCGGCCUCCAGCCGUCCCUGUUGGAGGACAGUCCCCUGGUGCAGGCGCUCACCGGGCUCCACGUGUCCUCAGACAGGCUGGAGGACAGCAGCAAGCUCAAGCGCUCCUUCUCUCUGGAUAUCAAAUCCGUUUCCUACUCAGCCAGCGUGGCGGCAUCCUUCCACGGCUUCUCCUCGGCAGAAGACGCGCUGGAGUACUACAAGCCCUCCAGCGCUCUGGACGGGACCAGCAAGCUGUGCCAGUUCUCCCCGGUUCAGGAAGUGUCCGAGCAGACUCCGGAGACCAGCCCGGACAAGGAGGAAGCCAGCCUCCCCCAGAAGCCGCAGACUCCCAGGCCUUCCGACGGCCAGAGCAAGCGACUGCACUCGGCGCGGCCCGGCGGCGGCGGCGGCGCCCAGAGGCCCCUCUUGUCCCCGCUGCACCGGAGCGGGAGCGUGGACGACAACUCCCACACCAGCUUCCUCCUCGGCCUCUCCACCAGCCAGCAGCACCUCGCCAAGUCGGCGGCCGGGCUGGGCCUCAAGGGCUGGCACUCGGACAUCCUGGCCCCCCAGACCUCCGCCCCCUCCCUGGCCAACAGCUGGUACUUCGCCGCGGAGUCCUCGCACUUCUACUCCGCCUCGGCCCUCUACGGGGGCAGCGCCAGCUACUCGGCCUGCAGCUGCAGCCAGCUGCCCACGUGCGGCGACCAGGUGUACUCCGUGCGCCGGCGGCAGAAGCCAAGUGACCGGGCCGACUCGCGGCGGAGCUGGCACGAAGAGAGCCCCUUUGAAAAGCAGCUGAAGCGCCGGAGCUGCCAGAUGGAGUUUGGCGAGGGCAUCAUGUCGGAGAACAGGUCGCGAGAAGAACUGGGGAAGGUGGGCAGCCAGUCCAGCUUCUCAGGCAGCGUGGAGGUCAUCGAGGUCUCCUGAGGGGGGCACGCAGGACCUCCGGCUCGGCUGUUCUCUUGUUCACGGAAAACUCCCUGUAAAUCUGAAAUAUAUAUAUGUACAUACAUAUAUAUUUUUGGAAAUGGAGCUACGGUGUGAAGCAAAAGAUGGCUCGACCCCGCUGUUCUCUCAACAUCUGCAUUUGAGAGACCAGCUGAUGUUUUUCUCAACAAGAGUGGAGGGCAGGUGAUAGAGUUCCCCCUAGACAGAGGCAGCCGUCCUCCUGUUCUUACAAGCAGGCGUGUUUGGUGUUAGAGGACAGACCCCCCCCACCCCCGUGUUUAUGUUGUGCUACAAAGACUCAGAGACUCGUCUUUGCCCAGUCCCUUCCAUCGUGCACCUUAGCGCUGAGACUGAGCCAGCUCGUGGGUCGGGUAGAUAGACCCUGCUCGGGAUAGAGCCUAACGGGAAAUCCAAGAGAAAGGAUCGUAUCCAAAGCUGAUUCACACACUGCGCUCACCUGACAGCCGAGUGACGCAGGCAUCAUUCUGCUGGACGGACCGUUAGGGCCUUGCCAAGAUCUACUUUAGAAUAAACCCAGUACCUCAGAUGGGAAAGUCGGGGCUCUCACCACUACUGUGUCUGGAAGCCCAUUUUCUAGGCGUGAAUAGGUAGGUAGCUAGUCACACUUGCAGACCCAGUCAGACUGUCUACGCACAGAAUUCCGGUUGGGCCUGGAUGGAGGUAGUUCAUUCUUUCUUCUCACCUUAUGAAGAAGGAGGAGAGAAAGCAUCUAGGAUUCAACUUCACGGCCAGGAAUCUGGCAGCAUAACGCUCUAAGCUAGGGUUGAGAGGCUAGACAAGUCUACCUCCCUCUUUAUAAAUCAAAGAAUCGUUUAAAAUGGGAUUGUUAAUCCUUUAAAUAAAGAGGAACUUGGUUUCA